GCGUACAGUAUGUUUCCGUUUUUUUUCUUUUUCUCCAGCGCGCUCGCGCCGCGACUCGAAAGACUACGAGCGUCACGUCGAAGGCAACACUGACGCACUUCAUCCACUCUAUCAAGCUUGAAGCCCAUUAGGAAUAAUGUCCAAGCCGUACAGAGAAUGGAUCCUGGGCUCCAUAGACUCGCUGCGGUCGAGAAAAGCGCGACCGGACCUGGACAGAAUUUGCAGAAUGGUUAAAAGACGAUACGGCUCGGACUGGGACCAAACCCGUUCAGAACUAGAGAAACUGAUAGAGGAGCAAACGGUGCUGAAAGUCAACUAUAAAGGCUCGGUGUCCUAUCGCAACGCGGCAAAGGUGCUAAGAGGCAGGAGAAAAACCGAGCAGAGCAAGUGUGCGGUGAAACAGCCUUCUCUCGCGGACUGGAGCGCCGGCGACAGCGCUCUGGGUCCCGUGGAUGAGGAUCACAUGGAGGAUAUGGAAGACGAGAUGUCGAUGACGGCAGGAAUGGACAGCAGUAUGGAUGAGGAGGGCGAUGAGAGCAGUCUGGACGCCAUGUGCGCUCAGAGCACCGCUGACUCGGGCAUCAGCAUGAGUCCCGUCACCAGCAGUAACACCAGUCUUCCUGUUCCUUCACCCACUUCCUCAAAGAACUCUCCUACCUAUGAUGCUCUGAGGCAGGACGCCGACAGCGCUUACACUCUGCCUGAGCACAUACAACCAGCAGCCCAGCAGGACACGGGGUCCGUGGAGUCCUUGCAAGAGGCAGCGGCCAUCUGUCUCUCCGCUCUUAAAGCCGAGGAGGAGCCGAGGGUGGAGGAGAGCGUGGCCACCCCUGAUCCAGUCACGCCGGACGAGGCGGUGAUGGCAGACGGAGGGCCUCACGCUGUCUCUAAUCAUGCUGAGGAGGGUGAAAUGUGCAAUAAGGAGCCCAAGAGCACGACAGAGGAAGAAACCAUUAACAAUGGAGAGAUGAAUAAUGAAAAUGAAGCGGUGAAGGAAGAAGUUGUGCAGGACCCUUUGCUUUGGAGCGUGGCCGAUGUGGCCCGUUACUUCACGUCCGUGGGUUUCCCUGAGCAGGCGCUGGCUUUCAGGACACAGGAAAUAGAUGGGAAGUCCUUACUGCUGAUGCAGCGCAGUGACGUGUUGACUGGUCUGUCGAUCAGACUCGGCCCCGCUCUCAAAAUCUAUGAGAAUCAUGUGAAGGUACUGCAGAGAAGCCAGUUUCAGGAGGACAGCCGCCUCUUCUCAUAGUGCUGGUUUUCAGCCAAACGGACUGAAAUGCUCCUGGUUCAGAGAGCCGGCCAUGAAAUGAGGGGAAACUUUAACUCUUUAAGACUUGAUUUGCACAAUCCUCCUCAGCCGAUCUUCUCUUCUUCCUGGUGAGGACAUGCCGCAUGAUUCAGCCCUGUCUUCUGUUCUGUCCUGUGUCGGCGUCCGUCUGUUCGUCCCUCACAGGGCUGAUGGGACCAUUCAUCUUAGUAGAAGUGUUAUUUGUUUCAAUGGUGGAGCUUUUCAUUCACCAGUGUUUAUUGUCAGAUAUAAUUUACAGAGUAGCAAUAUUGUAUAAACAUUGUGUUCCUGUCCCAUUAAAUGUACGAUGUUAAGCGACGUUUUACAGCAGUCUUUAAAUGGACAUGCAAAGUUAGGAAAUAAAUUCCAGUUUCAGAAUCUGAAA